UUCUUUUUUUUUUUUUUUUUCUCUUUGUUAAAUUUUUAUAUACUUGGAGUUAUUAUCCUACUAUAAAAUAGCACUUUUUUUUUCCAAAAGAUCAAAAAUCUAUGGAGCCAGUAACAAGUAGACUGUGACCCCGAAACUUUAUUUUCCCAGCCAUACAUCUUUUUCAAAUGGCUUCAUUUCCUGCAGAAAGAAAAAUCCCCGAAACCGUUGCUUCCAAAGCAUAUGUUCAUCGAAAGUUAAAAGAGCUACAGUUUGCGGCGUCAUUGAAUAGACGAAAAUUCGAAUCAUUGAAAGAAGCAGUUUUGAGUUCGAUUAACGGUAACGCGCCUCUUAUUUUUGGAAAGAAGCUUCAAAGUAUUCAAGAACACAAACCAAUGGUGUCAACUUUCGGCUUAUCAAGUUAUAUUAGGAAUGUUAUCUACGCGAAUGGAUAUUCAGUUUCUUGUCUUUUCUCGAGAAUUACAGAGAAGGAUAAUAUAGACUCUCCUCCUGUAAGACCAUCUGACCUGAAAAAAGACAUUGACAAUGGGUGCCAAGUGUGGGCGGUAGACCCUGGAAUUAGCACGGUUUUUACUAUUGUUGAUCAAACUGGUAGAGUGAGAUCAUUUAGUCAAGAGGAGUAUUACCACUUGUGUGGGUUUAAUGAUGCAGCUCACAUUCGAAAGAUUCAUCAACCGAAGCACGCAGAAACACAUAAAAUGAUAACAGAACUGGAUUCAUUAAAACCGGAGAAAUUUCAAAAUUCUUGA